ACGAAAAAUAUGGAAACACAAGACACUAAUGAAAAGUCAACUGAUAAAAAUGGUGUGGUGGCAGAAAAUAACACCCGAUUAUUCAAAUGCAAUGCUUGCUUGGAGACUUUCACCACCAAGUCUGCUUUGAGUGUCCAUUACACCUCUGCAUCCCACAUUCAGAGGAUGACAACAGGCUCUACAAAACAGGGUGGGGAAAACAUGUCUGUGGUCCCUGUCCUGUCUCGGCCAUAUAUAUCAAACAAGCCCUACCAGUGUGCUGUGUGUCGUGUCUCCUACAACCAUGCCAUCACCCUUGAGAGCCAUAUGAAAUCUGUUUUACACCAGACCCGGAGCAGAAAUGCAGGAAACGCAGUCAACACUGCCAGCAGUGCAGUGGUUCCUGGGAGCUCAGGAGGAAGCAGCAACAGCAUUCCAAGCACAGUAGUGGGCACUCCUGUGGGUGGAGCCAGUCAGAUAGUCACCACCACCACCACCUGCUCUGCUCCAGUCAACCUGAUGGUGACUGCGAAAGGCGGGGAGCAGCUCCAAGCCUCGCCUGCAGCUCCCUCUUUGCUCUCCUCCCCUGUAGCAUCAGCUCAGGCAGUCUCCGCCUUUCUCACCCUCCUCACAUCUAGUCCCAGUUCCCUCCCGCACUCCCUUCUCCCUUCCCUGUUUGCAGCUGGCACCACUCCUAGUGCAGCCACACCUCAGCUGGUGCCUCAGCCUCAGAUGCUCAUGCCCUUGAUCUUGAAUGGGCUCCAAGCCCAAACACAGCAGCAACUAGAAAACCAGCAAGGCCAGCUCCUGACCCAGUGUGUGCCAUUACUAGGUCUCAGUGCAGCCCAGCAAGCUCUCCUCGCCCAAAGACUCAGUAGCUUGCAGAACCAGUGGCCCCCUUUUGGACUCCAGACAACCACACCGGUAUGUCCAGAAGAGCAAACACAGAGUGUAAAGAGUGAAGGAGAACAAAUGAAGCAGGAAGGAGAUGAUAUGGUUGAAAAGAAAGGCUUAGUCAACACUGCGGAUGAGGUGAGUUGGACUAAGGAAAGUAUUAAGAGAGACAGAGAAGAGGAAGAUGACGAGAAGUCUGUGCAGGGUCUGAAAACAGAGAGCAAAAUGAUGAAGGUUGAAAAAGAUGAAAGCGGUGAGAAGGCACCUAGAGAGAACAGCACAGAUGCAGAUGGCUUAACUGAUCAGUUGGAUGUAGAUGGGGAUAAAGCAGCUAGCCCAAGUCUCUCCCCAAUUGCCUCAGAGAGAAGUUUCUGUAAUAACAACCUCUCACCCUCUGCAUCUGUCCCUAGUAACUCAAGCCUCAGCCCUGUAAAUUUAAAUCUUACAUUAAGCCCAGAUUCUACUAUUCAGAAAUCACAAGCAGAAACAAGUCCGUGUAGCUCACUCGGAACGCCAAAAUCCAGCCCUUAUAAAAAUGCCUUAAUGUCCCCUGACCAAACUCAUCCCUGUAGUAAUAUGAGGGUGCAGCAUUUUGGUUUAGGCCCUCCAGUUCUGUCCGAGUUCCAGUCAGAGGUUCUCUGGGCAUUCUUUGAAUCACGCAGUGAGGCUGAUGCUGCAAGCCCACCCCGCGAAGACUGUGAGGCACUGGUCAGAGAGGUAGGGCUCACUGAGGAAGAGGUACGUACAUGGCUGCGCCAAGCCCGGCAUGCCAAAGAGCGGCAGAGAGCCACAGGGUUAGAGCACAGGCACAGUUUAGUGGCACCCCUGAGGCAGGUUAGAAGUUCAGAAAAUUCCUUUGACGAGGAAGAGAGUGCAUUGAUAAUAGCAGAAGAUGAGGAUGGUGCUAUAGCCUCCAGUAGCCAAGCGAUAGAUCUGUCCAGCAGAAGAGGGAAGAGGAAGGAGAGAGAUCUGGGGAGGAAGGGUCAGGGAGCCGCCUGUCUGACUUCUGACUCUGAAAAUGAAGAAGUCUACACCUCUGUCAUUGUGUCUGAUGAGGAAAGUCAGAAUGGGUCCUUGAGGGCAGGUCCCAAUAGCCCUGUGAAAGAAGCACAGCGGGAGAUGGUCAGCGAUAAGGGCUUGGGUGGAGGAAAGGUGCUGCGCUCCACCACUGUGUUUCUUUCAGAUGCUGAAGAUGAGUAUGAAGAGGAAGAGGGUGGGGUGGAUCAGAAAGCGAAAAGGAACAAAAGAAAGAGGGAGUAUGAGCGUGAAGAGAUAGAAGUCAAAAAGGAAAGACAGGACCCUGAUGUUGAUCUAGAAUUAGAAGCCCAGGGGGAUCCACCAAGCACUCAGCCCCACUCCAUGGAGCUUCCAAGUGGCAUCCUCCACUCCUUGCCUCUAUCUCUCUCCCUUGCUCCCCUUUCUACUCAGUUCCUCAGCCCCUAUGUUCUCUCUCUUCCUCCCUCGGUGGUUGGAGAAGGAGGAAAGAUGCCCACCUUUCCCAGUCCACCUAACAUCACCCGCUUCUCUGAUUCCCUUCUCUCACAGUCUCUCUCCUCCAAUUGCCAAGCCUAUCACUACCUGUCAAAUGGUGGCGACUGUGAGUCAGCCCUGGAUCUCAGCAUGGGGAAAAACAGCAAUUCAAAAUCUGCUUCCUCAUCAUUAUCUAUGGUUGAUAAAACCUCAGCACAGAAGGGACGUUUGCUAGAUGGGCUCGGCCUGAGGCCCACAUCCAAAGGUCUGGUAGUUGUUAAGGUUAAACAAGAGUCUGCUACCACCACUCCCCCUUCAUACAGCAGCAGCAGUAGUCUGGUCAACUGCAAUAACAUGGCAAAGUCUAGUAUUUACAUGAGGGCAGCUGAGAAGAUGAAUGCCUCACUGUUGGAGAGGGAGCGAGAAAAAGAGAAGGAGAAGGAGCGGGAACAGCAGCAGAGGAGGUCAAAAGGCAGACGGUACCGGGAGAUGAGGCGUUCCAGAACCAUCAUCCAAGCUGAACAGCUUGACAUACUGUACGGCUGCUACUUCAAAGACCCAAAUCCCGGGAAACAGGAGUUUGAGCAGAUUUCAGAGUGGGUCCACCUUCCUAAGAAAGUUGUCCAGAUUUGGUUUCAGAAUAUGAGGGCAAGGGAACGCAAAGGCGAGGUCCGAUUCAUCAGUGAUGGAACAUUGGCGGCAGUGGGCAAACCGCUGAUCAAGUUCACCUGGCCUCUUUCCAAGCCAAUAUUCUCCAAUAAUACUUCAUGCAUUACCGCAGCCCCAAUAGUUCGCACGCUCAUUAAAACUGAAAAAGACCCUGUGAAAGAGGUUGCCAAGCCUAUGGUGGUGAAAAAACAAAACCUUGUUCCCAUUAAGCCUAAGGAAGUUGUUUCCACCACUCCAGUCACCCCUGUGAGCAGCAGUGGUUCUGCAGUGCCAAAGACCAAACUCGAAACCACCAGCAGCAUCACUAUGGUGAAAGUUGCACCCAAAGUCAACACCCCCAUCCUCCCUGCACCCCUAAAGGACCCUAUCCCCAUUGCUCCACGCCCAACUCCACAGCAUAAGAUGGAAGAGGAGAGUGAGGAAGAUAAAACCGAUGAGGAGAAAGACGAUGAAAAUGAGCUGGGGCCUGGAGUGGGAACCACUAACCGAAUGGUGCCCAAACUGCCCUCGACUCCCAUCAACAACAAGCCUCCCAUCACGAUAACAGUGCCACAAAAACAAAAUGGGCUCAAAUACUGGACCUCUAAGGGUUCGUUUAAAAUCAACACACUAUCUAGAGAACAGCUGGCUCUUCCCACGCACACCCCUGCCCGUACUAUUCCCCCUCCUCCCACCCCAAGCAUUGCUCCGGUGAGCCCAAAUACGCCCAGCUCCGGCAAGGUGGCCAGCCCUGCCACCCCAGCAGUGGUUAAAUCGAGCCCAACGGAAAGCAGCUUUCUGCCCCACUCCUCCAGCAGACGGCCUCGCACACACCUGUCCUGCCUGCAGCUGUCCAUUUUGCAGUCCUGCUAUGAGACCUGUGCCCAUCCUAACGCAGUGGAGUGUGAGGCCAUCGGUACAGAGCUCAGUCUGCCCUUAAAGGUGGUGCAGAUCUGGUUCCAGAACACCAGGGCAAAGGAGAAGCGCUGGAGGCUGCAGCAAGAGAAAAUGUCUCCAAUGUCAGCUGGAAAGAUGGACAUGAGCUCGGGAAGCUACCUGCAAUACAAUGCUCUCAGAGCCAACCGUCCCAUCCUUCCCAAACCAGUUCAGCUGACUGUCAUUGAACCGGCAACGCCCCCAGUCGCAGGACAGCCAGCACCAAAGGAGACACUGACAGGCCGCUGUGAGGCCUGCAAUGUCAGCUUUGAGUCCCGGGCUGCCGCCAGAGCCCAUGUCUUCUCUCCACGUCACCUGGCAACUCUGAAAACCAUUAACUUUGGCCAGCCAUCUUUUGCCAACAACAAUGGAAUCAGUAGUACUGGAGGUGGUGUUACUGUGCCGGGCUCACAGGUCUCUCAUACCGGUCUGGUCACUAGUUCUGAUGGUGGCUCUGGAGGGGAGACAGUUAUUGAGUCACCUCCACUAACAGCCACCAGCAACAGCUAGACUUGGAUCACGAUUGGUCUGCAUAUGACUCUUCCUGGACUUAUUUGGGCUCCUCAGAUUUUAAUGAACACAACUUGGAGCACUAAUCUUCAAAAGCUAAUAUUCUUCAGAUUUCAAAGUCUGCUCUAGCUGCACCUGCUAUCCCCUUGCUCAACCUUCACUGACUGGAAAGUUGUUUAGACGUUUACUCCACAGAAGUCACCAGGAAUCUAAUAGACCAGACUAUUGCCACACUAUUUACACUUCAAUCAUAGCUCUUGGAUGAGUGAUGUACAUGCCCCCCCCCCCCAUUAUUGGUCCUAGGCCUGUGGUUAUAUAUUUCCUUCCUUACAUGAGCUUCUGAUUUUUAAACUCACUCAACUUAUCAUGCUUAUAUGCUGUCUGAGUACCACAAAGACUGAUGCAAAGUAUUUCUUGGUAAGUGGCCAUUCGACAUUUGACCUGACACACUUUUUUGGACAGUGACAUGGAAUAGUUACAUAAAUAUCUCCCUGUUUUCGCCCAUGAAAUUAAUUUUAACUUUUGGGGCAAGGAACUGCUUGAAUUAACUGAGUAGAUUGAACCAAUGGGAGAAGCAAAACUGCUAUUAACUGUCACUUUUUUGUUUGCUACAAGCUUGUGGUCUAAAAUGUGUUCGUUCACUUGGGAUUUCAAAGGUACUUUAGCAAGAAUAGGGCUGUCUACAAGGUCGCCAUUUUUAUACGUUCACCAUUUUCAUGACAAUCCAAAUAGACAGGGAUAGAACAAGGCAGAGGAAGGUAGACUUUUGGCAUACCGCACUUUGACACAUUUAACAUUGUAUGAAAUGUUUUUUAAGCAUUCUAGUGCAGUGUCUUUAUGAAAAAAAGAGACAUUGAUGCAUGUUGGAUGCCUUAAUAUAAAUCACAUAAAUUGAUUUUUUUUUUUUUGGCUAGUGUACUUGGUUGAAGUGUGGCCAUAUUAUGCAGAAUUCAGAACUGGAUAGUUGCAAAAUAUUUUGUAUCUAUUAAAAAGUUAUAUCCUUGAACAUCAUUCAAGUAAAGUAUACCAAUAUACUCCUUUGUUUAGAAACAUCAGCAUUUUGUCAGCCAAGGGCUUUAGCUGCCAACUAAUUUACUUGGCAUCUUUUUGUCAGUCCCCUCUGUAUGAGUUGGAUUCAUCACUUUAAAGAGGUGGAUAUCCCGUCCUGGAGUGAAACAAAUGUAUAAAAAAAUAAACAUUUUCCACUACAAGUGGUGGUGGUGGUGUGUCAAACACGAUGGCCUUAACAAAAAGCAAAUGUCACUUGGUAGAUGAAUUCAAAACCAGGUGGUCCCCAUAAUCUGAGCAGAUAAUUUUAACGUGUUUGACCCAUUUCUGAAAAGGAGACUUUGUAUUUUUAAUUUUGCAGACCUACUGUUUUGUCAUGAAUUAUUCGUGUCAAGCUGGAUAGCAGUACACAUUUUAUUGAUUUAAUAUCUUCCCAGAUGAGAAA